CACGGGUUUCAGCUGAAAAUGGACGUUUCGUGAGCGCUUUGGGGCAAAUUGCGAUACACCGAUACUGGCUUUAUUUUUUUUAUUGAGGCUGCUUUAAUCUUGCUUGUUGUGAAAAAUAUUAUAUGUACAUAUAAUCUAUAUAUAAUCGUGUUGUUAACAUAAAAACCGAAGUGUGAUUAAAGCAAAAAAGUGAUCAAAAACCAAGAAACAACCACGCUGUGCAAUACAUCUACAAAACCAACCAAACCAAAAACAAAUAAAUUUUUCUACAACUCUCCUACCCAACCCCGAAACAAUAAGUGURYAAGCGUCAGCAACAACAAGSAAUCGUAGUAUUUGACCGCAACAUGGCUUGGGGUUACUGGAGCGCCACCACAGUCGAUCGUGGACGUUCGCCACGACGCAAUACGCAAUGUACACCAUUACCGGUGAAUCUGAUGCAACAAGAAGAGGACAACAGCACGCAAAAUGCGUCAGCAGCCGCCGCAGCCUCGGCAACGAACAGCAAUACCGGCAAUGGCAGCGGUGGUGGCGGCGGUGGCGGCAACUCGAAUACUUGCCCAAAUACACCAUCCGGCACGCAAGCGAAUCUCUGCUACAGUCCAACGUGUCGCAGUCGCUGCAGUAGUCCCUGUCCGGGCAGUCCGUGUCCGGGUAGUCCAUGCGGCUCGAUAACACCGCCACCGCCACCACAGUUGACAUCAUCACAACAGCAUUUGCAUCAGCAUUCGAAUAAGAAUUGCCCGGCCGCACAGCAAAUACUCAAUUUGGAUGAUUAUCCGUCGCGGCGGCAAUCGUUGGAUCGCCUUGAUAGUCCACAGUCGAAAUAUUUUGGUCUGCAGGCCAAUCAACUGUCGGAUAUAUUGUGUCGCGGCGCCGUCGUCUCAUCCAUACAAUCGGCCAAUAACACGUUGACGCGCGGCGUCUCACUGCACAGYCGCAGCGGUAGCGCUCACGGUAGCAUUCAUGGUGGCAGUCAUCACGGCAGCUAUGGCGGCGGCGUCGGCGGCGGUGGAACUGGCAGCGCGCACGGCUCCAUGGGCUGUCUGCAGGGCAGCAUGGGACAUUUGAUGGGUGCCGGCGGCAUGGGUGGCGCUAGCACCAGCGGCAGCGUCGGCAUGCUGUCGGGCGCAAUUGAUACCGGCGACUAUGAUGUACCGCAUCCGCAUCCCUAUACGCAUCAUUAUAUGCAGACAUCGACAUCGAUAACGCCGCCACAUUCCACAAUGAGUUUGAUCGGUUCACGACCCGGCUCGGCCGGUGCUUGUCCGGGUCAUGAUUCGGGCUCAGACUCGAGUCAAGGUUGCGGCUCUACAAUGGGUGGCGGCAUCGGCGGCGGCGGCGGUGGUGUUGUACAUGGCAUGGGCGGCAUGAGCAUAGGCAGCAGCCAUGCUGGUCAUAUGAUGGGCGGAGGCGGUGGUGGUAUUGGUGUUGGUGUGGCCAUGGGCAUGGGUAUGAUUGGCGCUGCUGGUAUGAGUGGUCAUCAUCAUAGCGGUGGCAGCGGUUCGUUGGGACGCUGUUCUAGUCGUUGUCAUAAUACAAUGAAUACAACAACAAACACCACCACCACCACCACUGAUGAUUCGGGCGGUGGCAGCGGUGGUAGUGGUGGCAGCGUUUUUAUCGGCAGCUGUCGCAUGGGCCCAGCCACGAGUGGUGGCGUCGGCGUUGGUGUCGGUGUCGGUGUGGGCGUUGUUGGCAUCAAYGUCGGCGGCGGCGGCAUGGUUGGCGGCAUAAUGGAGAAUCCACAUCGCAGCAGCUUGCAUGGCAGUGAGGGUAGCGGCUUGAAUGUUUGCGGCAUGGGCGGUAGCGGUGGCAGUGGCGGUAGUGUUGGUGGUCGCAGCAGCACACUCGGCACCAUACAUAAUGGGCAUCAUCAUCAUCAAUAUCACCAUGAUUGUAUACACUACGAGCGUCUACCUAUACCUGUUCCUAUACCGACUGUGCCAAUACAACAGCAACAGCAACAACACUUGCAUUCCGAAGAAGAAAUCGAACCAGCCUAUGCAACAGUAUUUCCAAAUGUACCUUCUGCACCUGGCCUGUCCUGUGAUGGCGAAGAUCGCAGCAUCUACAGACGUGGCGCACGCAGAUGGCGUAAACUCUACCGGGUCAACGGACACAUUUUCCAAGCCAAACGCUUCAAUCGCCGCGCCUUCUGCGCCUACUGUCAGGACCGCAUCUGGGGCUUGGGACGGCAAGGUUUCAAGUGCAUACAAUGCAAAUUGUUGGUGCACAAAAAAUGCCAUAAACUCGUACAGAAGCACUGCACCAACGAACAUGUGGAGCCGUUAGUCAAGGAGCGUGACGACGCUUUCGCCGAACAGCUGCCACAGGUGUUGCCACCGCUGCCCGAUUAUGCGUCGCAAGCGAGUGGCAGUGGACAYGGCGGCAUGGUGGAUGGCAGCGAUCCGUUGGCAGCGCUUGAACUACAGCCRCACGAUGGACAGUUGCAGCAGCAACAGCAACAACAUCAAAAUAUUGAAGAACAAUUGGAGCCGGGCACACAGCGGCAAUAUUCCAUAAACGAUUUCGAAUUGAUACGCGUCAUUGGACGUGGCAGCUAUGCCAAGGUCUUGAUGGUCGARCUGAAGAAUACCGGGCGUAUUUAUGCCAUGAAAGUGAUUAAGAAAGCGCUCGUCACCGAUGAUGAGGACAUCGAUUGGGUGCAAACGGAGAAGCAUGUCUUCGAGACGGCAUCGAAUCAUCCGUUCUUGGUCGGUUUGCAUUCGUGCUUCCAGACACCGUCACGUCUAUUCUUCGURAUUGAGUUUGUGCGCGGCGGUGAUCUUAUGUUCCAUAUGCAACGACAACGUCGUCUACCUGAGGAGCAUGCKCGYUUCUAUGCGGCGGAAAUCAGCUUGGCAUUGAACUUUUUGCAUGAGAAGGGCAUUAUAUAUCGUGACUUGAAGUUGGACAAUGUGCUGCUCGACCAUGAGGGUCACAUUAAGUUGACCGAUUAUGGCAUGUGCAAGGAGGGUAUACGUCCCGGUGACACGACCUCCACCUUCUGYGGCACACCCAACUAUAUAGCGCCGGAGAUUUUGCGUGGYGAAGACUAUGGUUUCUCAGUGGAUUGGUGGGCGCUGGGCGUGCUAUUGUACGAGAUGUUGGCCGGACGUAGUCCAUUCGAUAUAGCCGGCGCAUCGGAGAAUCCCGAUCAAAACACUGAAGAUUAUCUGUUCCAAGUGAUUUUGGAAAAGACCAUACGUAUACCGCGUUCGCUAAGCGUUAAGGCCGCGUCUGUAUUGAAAGGUUUCCUUAAUAAAAAUCCAGCUGAUCGCUUGGGUUGCCAUCGUGAGUCCGCUUUCAUGGACAUUGUGAAUCAUCCAUUCUUCAAGAGUAUCGACUGGGAAAUGCUCGAACGCAAACAAGUUUCGCCACCAUUCAAACCACGCUUAGACUCUGACCGCGAUCUAGCCAAUUUCCCACCCGAAUUCACAGAGGAAGCGGUGCAGCUGACGCCCGACGAUGAUCGUGUUAUUGACAAGAUCGAUCAAUCGGAGUUUGAAGGCUUCGAGUAUGUGAAUCCGCUGCUGAUGUCCUUGGAGGAUUGCGUCUGACACCACGAGUCAUGUGACUUGCAUCCCUAUAAUAUGCGUUUGUAUGGCGAGGACUCCAGUGAUUAUGACUCAGUAGCUGAUGAUUUAAGUAUUUUGCAAUUGCACGCACCGCCGCCAACAACCGCUAACAAUAAUCUAACGAAUCUUCGCAUGCAACAGCAACAACAACAACAUUUACAACAACAUCACCAACAGCAGCAGCAGCAUCAACAAAUGCCGCCACUAAAUCAGAAUCCCAAUCAUAGUCAGAAUAAUCAUCAUAACGGUAACAAUAAUAAUCAUAAUCAUAAUUCCAAUAAUAAUAAAAGUCUACUGCAGCACAUGUUUUGCCUUCCAUUAAAUUAAAAUAAACAAGAAAAUUGCAGAACAAAAAAAAAAUUAAAUAAAAAAAAAAUUAUGAAAACAAAAAUCAUAAAAAAGAGCAAACAGUAAAUCAGAAACCAAUAAUGUCAAGCGUAAAGUGAACGUAAACAUUAAAGAUGCAAUAAAAAUAAAAAUACAAAAUAAAUUACAACAAAAACAGCUAGAGCGGAUGAAACACUAACAGCACAUAUGAACAAAUUGUGACAACAAGCAUAGCGCAGCAAGCACAACAACAACAAUUACUAGUACUACGUACACUAAUUUACAACAACAGCUAUUUUUGCUGUGUGUGUGUGUGUAAGCUUAAGGCAGGCAGCAAUUAGGCAUUUUCGAAAGGCGUUAACAUGCAAGCCAAUUUUUCUAUGAAAAAGACUUCAAAAUAAUUUUAAAAAUUUUUUCUAAGCUACAAAUUUGAAAUUUCAAAGCGGACUAAUGAAAUAUUUGAAAAAAAGACCCAAAAUUUUUGUAGCACGCAUGACAUUAUUUUUUAACUUUGCCUAUAUUUAGGGUUUCCCACAGCUAUURCGGUACAAAAUUCAAAUGGUAAAAAUUAAGUUCGAAAAUGUUGAUACUAAAAUAAUACAUUGUUUUUAAGUAACCGGAGCAAAUAUURAUUUUUUUACCGUGCGUAAUAAUUUUUUUAAACUUUGUUCGAAGUUCGAAAAAAAUGAUUACAAAUCCGAAAUCUUUUACCACACAUAACAAUUUUUAAAAAUCGUUGCAUAUUUUUAGRKUUUCUCCMACUUAAAAGUUAUUGAMAGAAARCUAAAARRGAAGUUCGAAAAUAAGGAUACUAAAAUAUUGAAUUGUUCUAAACAAUAAAUUCGAAAGUAUCAAACGAAGCAAUGCAAUGCAAAAUCACAGGCAUAUUUUUAGGGUUUUGCAUACAAAACUUAGUUUCUUGGAUGUAGUGAAGUUUGAAUUUUAAAAUGUAGAGUCAGUUGUUAUUCGAAACUAUUGUUUCGGCGCAGACUUUUUUUAAUGUUAUUUACCGUCUUUUAGUAAAUCAAGUUUUAUUGAAUGUUCAUGAUUUUAUUUGUUGUUUUAGCUGCUUGUAGGACCUUUUGCAUGCGAGGUUUAUCACAGAGACUUGAUUUAUUUUACUUUGAUAUUAGCUUAGGGCUUCGUAUUUAAAUAAUUUAAUAUAUUAAAAAUGUAAACUACUUUUUAGCCGAGCGAGAAAAGUCAUCGUGUCGAAUUAUCGUUCUACGGCGCACAUUUAAUACAAUGGGUUGAUUUUUUCUUCUUUUAUCUGAAAAGUAUGCAGCAAUUUAGAAAUUUCCCCCUUUUGGUCGAUGACAUAUCUUUGAGCCUCUUAAAAUUGGGAUAAUUGUGGCAAGGAGAAAAUUUGGUCGACUUGUUUAGCUUUCAGCUGAAAAGUAUGCAACGCUUCAGAAUUUGGCCAAAAAAAUAUUUCAUUAGUAAACUUAAGCAUUUUUUUUUUACUUAAAAUGACUUGAGCUAAUGCGUUGUUGAAGAAAACAUUGGACAGUGCUGCCAAUUAGUGAGAAAUUUCAAUGCCGGCUAACUAAAAAAAAAUUAAAUGACGAAAAAAUUAAAAAUGCUGCAGGUUAAAAACUGACGUCGUUGAAGCUGCUGGAUAACAAAAAUAAAAACAAAACAAAAAAUAUGAAGUGGUCAAUAGGAAAUUUGUAAGAAAACAAGCUGUUACAGUUAUGUGUGCAUGCUGAGUUAGUGGCAGUUAAUGUUAAGACGCAACUGAAAGGUUUUUUAAUAUUAGCAUAAAACAUAAAUUAAUGAAAUAAUAUGAAAUUAAGAAACAUUUAAAAAAUUAAGAAAAAAUAAAAAAAAAUUAAGAAAAAAUCAAUAGAAAAUUAAUUAAAAACGCAAACCGAACAACUAAAUACAAUAUUGUGACAUUUUAGCAAAGCAUGUUGGCGUAAAUUAACAAAAUUCACCACUUACAUACACAUAUAAAUUCAAAAAAAUUCACACACACAAAMAAAUUAAUUUAAGGCAUGCCAAGUAAUUAUGUAAUUGCAAUUGAACUGUAUGUUUGUAGCGAACAAGCGGCAAACGUGCAACACUAAAACAAAAAAGAAAAAAACAAACGAAAACAAUUAGCGCGAGCAAUGAAAAUUAUGUGAACAUAGAGUUUUCAAAAUAUUUUACUUUUUAAAAUACCACAUUCACUCACAUAUACACACACACAUACGAUGGUACUUUAGUCUAGAUUUAUUGCUAAAUAAAUAAAAAAUAAAAAAUAAAAAAAUACAAAAACA